CAUUCGUUUACCUGUUAGUUAUCCCAUAAGGUACUUAAUAGGCGUGGUUGAAAAAGUGAUUUUUAAAAAACGUAGAAUUAUACACUAAUAAGGGCAUCCAUUAUGCAUGAAGAAUCGGAUUCCGAGUUGGAAGAAAAACUUAGGCAAUUAGAAAGUGAAAUAUUAUUAAAAAAACAAAGAUUAAAAGGGACAUCAAGCAAGCUACCGUUUCAAACAAGCAAGCCACCGUUUCAAACAAGUUAUUCGCCUUGGAAAAAGAUGGAACCGGAAAGCUUUGGAGGUACGAAGAAAUUAGAGUCGGGUUUUCCCCGAGCUGCUAAAAGGAAGUUAUAUGCAGAGGACUCUAGUGGGCAUCGUGAGAAUAAGUUUCCCACUUAUCAAAAGCGUCCUGCAUUAAUACAUGGAAACAAAGAAUAUGAACAAACGAUGUGUGCAUUCUACGCCUUAAAAUUAAUUGCACGCGAUGAUGUUGAGAAUUUUGAAAUGACCACGAACAACGCAAAAUACGAAGUUUUUGAUGAUAUCGGACUCAACGUUAAGUUUCGCAACGGAAAAACAUGCACAUAUCUGUUUCAAUUCAAACAUAAGACAGGUGCAAAUUCCAUCACAAUAGACGAUCUCAAAUCAGAAAACCAACGUGACUUUUGUGCGAAAAAAUAUUGUAAUUCAUUAUCGUCUCUUCGUGUCAAGGAUGACGUUGUUUGCAUUCUCUCUACAAAUUCUUCUACGAAUAUUAAGCAAAAUACCCAAAUAUCAGCAGAUAUUAACGUUGAAGUGCUUGACCAUAUCGAAUAUGAAGACCUACUACUCAACGUCCUAGAAGGAAAACCAUCAAAUAUCUUUCAAGUUGUGCAAAAAUUAGAAGACAAAACUCAGAUGUUUUAUUUUUUUACGGAACAAAAUAACAAAAAUGCCACUGACGUGCUAGUGCAAAAAAUGUUGGAUGAGAUGUUACACUGUGACGUUUACGGCUCUUUUAUGCACUUUAUGGGCAAAUGGUGGUCGAAAAACUUCGUCUUGAGCAAAGACGACGUCAUUGCGAAAUUAACUGAAUUAGCCCUCUCACCUUACAUCAAAAGUUUGAGCGGCGACCAACAAAAUGCGAAAACAGAAAACCUCAGGAAAGCAAUAAUGAAUUAUUCAUUAACGAUUGUGGAAAAUAGUGGCAAAAAUGUUGUCCAAAAUAUAUGGCCGGAUGUGCAUAUAGAGAAAGAAGUAUUAAUGAAAAUCAGAGACAAAUUUGGACUAGGGGCAAGGGAUCAGUUUAAGAUGAAAUGGUUUUUAGGUAAAGUGCCUUUGAUUGUAGAACUGGACGAUUGGAAUAAAACAGUCGGAUGUAUAAUAAAAGUAAUGAAUAAAAGUGCCGAAAAGAGACCAAUCAUCUUGGUGGGAAAAGUUACAAAAGGUCAGUUCGAUGAGAUUGACGUUUUUCAAGAUUUAUCUGACCUGAUGAAUAAGGCCGAAAACGAGAAACAUUGUCGCGAUAUUUUGAGUAAUUUCCACAUUUCCUUACAAGGAAAAGAACCAGUUUGUUUGGAAAAAUUUAUUCAUAUUGAUAGAGAAAUCGCUAAGCAUAUUGGGGUUGGUGAAUUAUUGAAGAUGUCUCAAGCAACUUAUAUAAUAGGAAAUGACACAGAAAAUUUGCCCGAAUUACGCAUACCAGAAAGUGUAUCUACUACUUUCGUAAAUACAGAGAAAAUUUUUACCCUUUGUGAAUCAGAAAUAAAUCAAACAACGGUAAUUAUUAAUUGGGACUCAGUAAUUGAGGAUCUGUCAUUAACACUUAAAAAACACAAUUUUGUUGAAAUUUCUGACUAUCUUAGUCAAGAAUAUGUUGCCAAUAAUAACGUCAUUAUACUUUCAAGAAAAAGCAAGGUAACACACAGAGGAUUUCUUCAGGUUUGUGAAAAAUCAAAAAAACCAAACGUAUAUCUGUUGCAAAUGCUUGAUUGCAAAUCUUGUGUUUUGCUUUUAAAAAAAGGAAACGAGCUACCAUCUGACGUUAUAGAUGAGCCAAAGAGUAUACCAGAAUGGGAUGUUUUAAAAUAUCUCGAUAGCCCACUUAACGUGGUCUGUGUUCCAUCCGGAAUGGGUAAAUCCACAUUAAUGAAAGUUCUUUACAGAAAUUGUCCCUCACAUUAUUGGGCAAUUUAUGUGGAUCUGAUAAACAUUAAUUCAUUUUUAACGAAAAAGCCAGAUUUGACAACAAUGUGGAAUUAUUUUUUAAGUAUUGAAAAACAAAAAGAAACUAUGGAAGAGCAAAUUAAGAAUAUUUUGCUUAGCAAUAAAAGAUUAUACUUAUUUCUGGAUGGAUUAGAUAAAGUGGAAAGCAGUUACAUCAACUGUGUGUUAAAUUUUGCUAAAGAAGCGUCUUCAAAUGGCAUCAAUAUAUGGAUUUCGUCAAGAGAGGAUUUACGAGAUAGAGUCUCACAAGUAUUAAAUACGGUACCACUAAGAAUACAACAAUUAGAUGAAGAGUACUUUAGCAAGAGAUUGAAAGAAAAAUAUAAAAACGAUGCAAUAUAUCCAAUUACGAAAAUGUUGUUAGAAUCCGGUGCCUCAAUUAACACUCUGGACAAAGAAAACAAGAACGUUUUGCACCAUGUAAUAGACUCACAGGAAGACAAUGGAGACGUAGUAAAAUUACUAAUUGAAAAAGGCAUUGACGUAAAUGCACAAGAUCGAAAUGGAACGACCGCUCUACAACUUGCAUGUCGAAAUGGUAAUUACGAAAAUACAGAAAUGUUGUUAAAUUUCGGUGCUUCAAUUAACACUGCAGACAACAACAACAACAACGCGUUGCAUUAUGCAUUAGAAUCCUCAAAAGACACACGAGAUGUAAUAAAAUUAUUGAUUGCGAAGGGCAUCGACGUAAAUGCUCAAAAUAAAUCUGGGACACCAGCUUUACAUCUUCCAACAAAACGUGGUGAUGAUGAAAUUACAAAAAUGGGAUUACAUUCAGCCGUAAAACAACCGUUACUUCAGAAAGAAGCCAACAUACAAACUUGCAAGCCAUUUAAAAUAACUAAUUCCACUCGCGAGACCCAUAAAGGUAUAAUGGCCUCCAGCCUAGAAGAACUAACCUCCAAAGUUAAGGAAAAGCUGCACAUCUUUAGCGGAGUAACCAUGGUCCUCGACAGCGACGGCACAGAAAUUGACGAUGAAGACUACUUCACCACUCUCCAACCGAACACAACUCUUAUGGUUUUGGAAGAGGGCCAGAAGUGGAUGCCCGUGGCACUCUCCUGUCGUCGUAAUGUCGAUCAGGUCGACGGUAGCCAAGGUGACGAGGUGAUGGAACUCGUGGACAAACUACAGCACAACUUGUGCCACUUGGCUUUCCUGAGGGGCGCAGAGCUGGAGUUGCUGAUUGACAUGAAUUUGGAUUCUUUUCAGAAUGCCACAGUUCCUGAGCGAGUUUUUCUCGAACAUGUGAAAGAAGCUUCUGGAAGGUUAUUAAGCGAGAAGCGGGAAGCCCAAGAUGCCCUGGACUGUUUGAGAUUGUAUCGGUCCGUUUGUUAAGGUGAAUCUUGAGGGUGGCCACCGUACCGUUAAAAUACUUUUCGGGCACAAUUCAAUUCCUCAAUUACUGUGGUUGAACAGUGAUUGAGCAAUUGGGUUAUAUCAGGAAAGUAAUUAAUCUAUGUAUAUUGGCACCAUCGGCACAAAAUUCUAAUAGAACAUUAAUGUUUUUGAUAUGAACUAUAUCACGUUUUCUUACGCCUGUGUUCAUUUUAUACCUUCGUGUUUACUGUUAGUGGCUUAUUGUUUAGUUUAAAUAUGGCAAAACAAAUUGUAAGAUAUUGUGAUAUUCAAAUUAGAUCUUUCUUUAUAAUUAACUACGAAUAUUGAAUUAAAUUUCUGUUAAAUAUAUUUUGUAUGUAUUUUAGUAAUAAACUUCGGAGUAAAA